UUUAAUUUCAAGAGGGUGUGUUGUUCUACCGUCACUCACCAAACUUAUCUCUCUCUCUCUCUCUCUCUCAUGGAUUCUCUUUCUCUCUUCUGUACCGGGGCUCUUUUGGCCGGCGGUCUGUACUGGUUCGUUUGCGUUUUAGGCCCCGCAGAGCAGAAGGGCAAGCGAGCUGUCGAUCUCUCCGGCGGUUCCAUUUCCGCUGAAAAGGUUCGAGACAACUACAAGCAGUAUUGGUCUUUCUUCCGCCGCCCAAAGGAGAUCGAAACCGCCGAGAAAGUCCCGGACUUCGUCGACACUUUUUACAAUCUAGUCACCGAUAUAUACGAAUGGGGCUGGGGUCAAUCCUUCCAUUUCUCUCCUUCCAUCCCCGGGAAAUCUCACCGUGACGCGACGCGUCUCCACGAAGAGAUGGCCGUCGAUCUCAUCGACGUCAAACCCGGAGACCGAAUCCUCGACGUAGGAUGCGGGGUAGGCGGACCUAUGCGUGCCAUUGCGGCUCACUCGCGAGCCAAAGUCGUGGGCAUCACGAUCAACGAUUACCAAGUGAACCGCGCCCGCAUGCACAACAAGAAAGCCGGGCUAGAUUCUCUUUGCGAAGUUGUUUGCGGGAACUUCCUGGAGAUGCCGUUUCAAGACAACAGCUUCGACGGCGCCUACUCCAUCGAAGCAACAUGCCACGCGCCGAAACUGGAAGAUGUCUACGCCGAGGUUUUCCGGGUACUGAAACCCGGAUCUCUCUACGUGUCUUACGAGUGGGUCACAACUGAAAAGUACCGAGCAGAUAACCCCGAGCACGUGGAGGUUAUUCAAGGUAUCGAAAGAGGCGAUGCUUUGCCUGGCCUCAGGAGCUACUCCGAUAUUGCCGAGGCUGCAAAAAAGGUAGGAUUUGAGAUUGUGAAGGAGAAGGAUCUGGCCAAGCCACCGUCUCUCCCCUGGUGGACUAGGCUUAAGAUGGGUAGAAUCGCCUACUGGAGGAACCACAUUCUCGUCAUUGUGCUGGCUGCCAUAGGCAUAGCUCCUAAAGGAACCGUUGAUGUUCACGAUAUGUUGUUCAAGACCGCUGAUUAUUUGACCAGAGGUGGGGAUUCUGGAAUUUUUUCCCCCAUGCACAUGAUUCUCCUCAGAAAACCCAAGGAGGCUCCUUCAAAAUCCUAGACAAUUUCUGGAGGUAACAUCAUGUUGCAGCAUUAAUUGUGUUCCACCUCUUGUUACUUUACCCUUCUUAAUAUUUUUUUUCCUUAAAUUUAAUUUCCAAAGUUUCUUCUUCCCCCCCCCCUCCCUACUUUAAUCAAUCAUCAUGUACCUCCUUUUUUGUUUGAUUUAAGUUUAAAGUUGUUGAUUUUGGGUUUUAA